AUGGAUCAUUCGGGCCAAGCCGCUGUGGGAUCGGUGCUGAGUGGGCCGAAUACGCCAGCAGGCAAGCAUAUGAAAAGGAAAGAAAAGUCAAGCACUGCUCGCCUCUUGACCCGUCCCCGCCAGCACGGUAACACGACUCUCCCACGCAUCCAACCGAUUCUCACUGACCGCCCUAGGAACCUGCUCCCGCACGCCCCCUCCUUGUCUGCCAUCACCAACACCACCAGGAGAAACCGGCCCCUCGCUCCCCCAAUCCACCGCGUAGGUAUCCCUCGUGAUGCGCGCAUUGUGACUACUCGCCAGCGCGUCCCGACAACCCCUGACGUAGACGGCACACUCCUCCAGCCGCUUCUCGGCCGUCUUGACGUCGGCAUGGUCCCGGAUGUAGUGCCUCUCGAGCUCCUUUUGGCAGUCGAUGACGCGGGCCGGGUGCGCCGGACACUUGAAGACGAGCCAGCGCAGCGGGCCGCGCCCCGCGCCCCGCGCGCCCUUGACCCGCUUCCGGCGCUGGCACAGCCACCGCUUGUGCAGGGGGUACUUGCUGCUGUCGUUGCGGAACUGCUCCCACGACACGCUGCCGAGCAGACCUGCCUCAGGGGUCAGGAAGGAUGUGUCCCAACGGUCGGCGGCUUCGACGUCGUCCGUGUUGGCGGGUUUGGGCUUUUGGUGGGACAAGGGCGGGGGUGGGAUGGUGUUGUGCUUGCGUUUGAAUGGGACUUGGCCCCUGGUUGGCUGUGCAGGCAGCGGUACGUGUGGUAG